ACGAUCCCCUCGAUACCCCACCUCUUCCUCUCACCCCCUUCGAUCUGGAUCGGGGGCACCCGAUCCCGCCGCCCCGUCGCGACCCCCGACCUCGCCUCUGCCCCAACGGCAGCCGGCGCCCCCAUCGCCGCUACUGCCCCAUGCCGCCCAACGGCGACGGCCUUCCCGACGUCGCGCCCGACCCGCCGGCCAUGGAGGCCCCGUGCGCCCGCAGCUUCACCUCCAGCAGGCCGCCGCCUCACGCCGUCCUCGUCUCCACUCAACCUCAAGCGCGGCCACGCCUGAAGACCGCUGCCUCCGCCCCGCCGACCUCGCGCCGUCCUCUGCCCGCCGGAGGACCAUGGCGCCGCCGGCCACCCCGAACGCCUCCCCGGCCGCCCCCCUACGCUCCAUCUACCCCGAGACCGUUGCUGAUGCCCCUGUGAUCGACUACGUCGACGACGACCCUUCUUCCC